AAUGUAUCCAACCUUUACCUUGUAUAUAUUCUUCUCUCUUCUAGCCGCCAAUUUACUUGUCCACGCCGCCACAAAUCCCCUACAACAACCCCAAUCACAUUCAACCUUCUCUAAUUGUAAUCCACUCUUCACUUUCAUCAAAGGCGCUGACAGUUACGUACUUGACAAAUCAAACCUCGAAUAGGGUGCAUAUGACUAGUACUUAAUAC